AAGACAACUUUUUCAACCAUUAUUUGGAAUGAUGCUGAAAAAAAUAUUCCUUUUAACAGUCAAUCAAAGGAUUUAGAAAGACACAUCGAUACCCAUCAAUGUAACAUCUGCAGGAAAAAUUUCAAACAGGCAUUCAAACAGUCAGGUAACUUACAGGCACACAUGAGGACACAUACAGGUGAUAAACCUUACAAAUGUGAUGUUUGUGGAAAGGCUUUUAGCCAUUCAAGUGACUUAAAGAAACACAUGAGGACACAUACAGGUGAUAAACCUUAUAAAUGUGAUGUUUGUGGAAAUGCAUUCAAACAGUCAGGUUCCUUACAGAGACACAUAAGGACACAUUCAGGUGAUAAACCUUAUAAAUGUAAUGUUUGUGGAGAUGCAUUCAAACAGUCAGGUUCCUUACAGAGACACAUGAGGACACAUACAGGUGAUAAACCUUAUAAAUGUGAAGUAUGCGGAAAGGCAUUCAAACAGUCAAAAGACUUAAAGAAACACACGAGGACACACACAGGUGACAAAUCGUUUACAUGUCCUGUGUGUGGAAAGACAUGUAAGAGAUCAAGUAACUUACAGACACACAUGAGGGUACACAGCACUGAAGGUGAUCUGAGUGGAAAGACAUUUCAGCAGUCCAGAUAUUUUCAGAGACACAAAAUAAUACAUACUGGUGAAAAACCUUAUAAAUGUGAUGUGUGUGGAAAAACAUUUAACCAUUCAGGUAAUUUUCAGAGACAUAAGGGGUCACAUAAAGAUCGAACAGCCUUUAUAUGUGAUGUAUGUGGGAAAACAUUAAAUCGAUCAGAUUACUUGCAGACACACAUGAGGACACAUACUGGUGAAAAACCUUUUAAAUGUGAUGUAUGUGGGAAGGCUUUUAUUGACUGUCGUUAUUUAAAACAACACAUGAUGGUACAUACAGAUGACAAACCUUAUAAAUGUGACUUAUGUGGGAAGGCAUUCAAAAGAAAAUUUAACUUUAAGUCACACAUUAGGAUACAUACAGAUGACAAACCUUAUAAAUGUGAUAUUUGUGGAAAGGCUUUUAACCUUUCAAGUGACUUAAAGAAACACAUGAGGACACACACAGGUGAUAACCCUUAUAAAUGUGAUGUUUGUGGAAAUGCAUUUAAUCGCUCAAGUCACUUACAGAGACACAUGAGGAUACACACCGGUGAUAAACCUUAUAUAUGUGAAGUAUGUGGAAUGGCAUUCAAACAGUCAGGUGACUUAAAAAAACACAUGAGGACAUAUACAGGUGAAAAAACUUUUAAGUGCGAUGUAUGUAGCAAGGCUUUUACUGACUGCCGUUAUUUAAAGCAACACAUGAUGAUACAUACAGGUGGUAAGCCUUAUAAAUGUGACUUAUGUGGGAAGACAUUCAACCGAAAAUUUACCUUAAAGUCACACAUGAGGAUACACACAGGUGAAAAACCAUAUAAAUGUGAUGUUUGUAGAAAGGCUUUCAGCCAGUCAAGUGACUUAAACGAACACAUGAGGACACAUACAGGUGAAAAACCAUAUACAUGUGAUGUAUGUGGAAAGGCAUUCAAAUGCUCAAGUCACUUACAGAGACACAUGAGGAUACACACAGGUGAAAACCCUUAUAAAUGUGAAGUAUGCGGAAAGGCAUUCAAACAGUCAGGUGGCUUAAAGAAACACAGGAGGACACAUACAGGUUACAAACCUUAUGCACAUCCUGUGUGUAGACAGCCAUGUGACCAAUAAAGUAACAUACAGUCACACAUGAGGAUACUCGGCAGUGAAGGUGAUCUGUGUGGAAAGGCAUGCAACAUUUUGUAACAUACAAAAUCACAUAAAAACACAUCCAGAUGAUCAUGUUGAUAAACCUCAUAAAUGUGAUGCGUGUGGAAAAUCUUUUUAGGUAGAUUAAAAAAGCACACCCAGAUUCAUACAUGUACGGGUGAUAAACUUCAUAAAUGUGAUGUUUUUAGAAAAAGGCAUAUAUCCGAUUAGGAGACUUACAAAAACACUUAAACGCUUAAAGAGUCACAUGAAGGAACACACAGGUGAAAAACCUUUUAAAUGCAAUGUACAUGGAAAGACUUUUACCCGAUUAGAUAACUUACAGAAACACAAAUGAAUUCAUUCUGUUCGAAAACUUGAUUAAUGCGAUGAUUGUGGGAAAGCCUUCAAUCAAUCAGGUCGCUUUCAGACACACUUAAAACUUUAGGAUGCAUACUGGUGAAAAGCCUUUUAAGUGUGAUGUGUAUUAUGGGAAGGAAUUCUCCGAUUUCGGUUAUUUAACGAGACACAUGAGGACACAUACAGAUGAUAAUCCCUAUAGAUGUAGGGUUUGAGAGAAGCGUCAGACAAGUUAGAGACACUUGCAGGUACACACAGGGAAAAGAACUUUACAAAUGUAAAGUAUGCGGAAGGGCUUUCAAAAAGAUUAUAUAUAUACGUGUAACUUAAAGAAACACGG